AUGUCUUACAACCCGUACCCUCCUCCUAACCAAUACCCCCCAUACGGCCAUCCUCCCCCACAAGGCUACCCCGGUCAACCCCCCUAUCCCCAGCAACAAGCGGGUUUCAGCAGUCCCCCUCCGCAAGGCUACUAUCCCCCGCCGCAGGGCCCAUACGGCCAUCCCGCACCGCAGGGUCAGUACGGUCAUCCACCUCCCCAGGGCGGCUACGGCGCACCACCACAAGCACCCUACCCCCCAGGUCCCGGCUUCCACGCGCCCUCGCCACAGCCUCCGUAUGGCGGCCCUGGAUACCCUCAGCAUGGCGGACCAGGACCAGCUCCAGGUCCCUACGGCGCACCACCCGCCCCAGCCGGCCCAAACCAUUUCGCACCCUCCCCAAUGCCCCACGGCCCUCCCGCGAUGCCCUCUCUCGGCUACACCCCAGGCCAGCUAGCCCCCGGCGACUACAGACAGCAAGCCGACCUCCUGCGCAAAGCAAUGAAGGGCUUCGGGACCGACGAAAAGACACUUAUCCAAGUCCUCGCGAAGCUCGACCCCCUACAAUCCGCCGCUGUCCGCUCCACAUACUCCUCGCACAUCAAGCGUGAUCUAUACAAAGACGUCAAGUCUGAGACAGGCAGCUAUCUCCGCCAGGGCCUCCUCGCCAUCAUCGACGGCCCGCUCAUGCACGACGUGACACUCGUCCGCGAAGCAGUCGACGGCAUCGGCACGAAAGAAUGGGUCCUCAACGACGUCCUUCUCGGCCGCUCAAACGCAGACCUCAACGCCAUCAAAACCGCCUACGAAUGCACCUACCGCCGCUCCCUGCAGAAGGAUGUAGAGGGUGACUUGUCGUUCAAGACAGCGACGCUCUUCGCCAACGUCCUCCGCGCAAACCGCCACGAGGAAUCUACCCCGAUCAACCCGCAGCUCAUGCAGGACGAAGCCAAGGCCAUCCACAACGCCACCGCCGCGCGCAUGGUCAACAACGUCGAUGAAGUCUGCGGCAUUUUCGCGCGGUCCUCGGACAAUGAAAUCCGCGCGAUCAACCACGCCUUCAUGGACCGCUACCACACCACUCUCGAGAAGCACAUCGAGAGCCAGUUCUCGGGACACAUGAAGGAUGCGCUGCUGCAUAUGCUGCAGACCGCGCUGGAUCCUGCUAUGCGGGACGCGGUCCUUCUUGAGGAUUGCAUGAAGGGCAUGGGGACGAAGGACGAGAAGUUGGUUGUGCGGGCUGUGCGGGUGCAUUGGAAUAAGGCGCAUUUGGAGCAGGUCAAGGGGGCUUAUCGGCAUAAGUAUAAGACCGAGUUGGCUGCUAGAGUGCGCGGGGAGACGAGUGGGGAUUAUGGAAGGUUGAUGGUUGCUUUGGUUGAGUAG